AUGGUGGAUGAAGGAAAAGAUGAUGCUCAUGUCAAAGAUGCUAAAGCAAGACGACUUAGAAGAAAGGAAAUUCUUCUGUCUAGGUUUCCCAAGAGACGAAAAUCAUCUCUUUCAGCUUCUACAACUCCAUUAGCUGAUAUCACCAACACUAAUUUUACAUCACAGAACACACAAUCAUCUACCAACAGGAACCACAAACUUAUUCCUCCAUUUAGGUUAAUAAGAGACAAUCAGAAACCAAGUUCAAGUGAUAUAACCUCUGCAAGACCGUUUUCAUCCUUCAAUCCAAAUCCUUCUGUGUCAAAUAUUUCUGCAUUAUACAAACAUGGAACACAAACUAGCUUGCCACAAUUGCAUAGUCCUGUUCCAAAUUCAAAAAAUGCAUCCAGAGGUAAUCCAUUCUACAGACCAAAGCAUCCUUUUCCAAUCAAUUCUCCAAAUUAUCAUCGAACAAAUUCAACAUUACAGCAAAGGCCAUUUUCAAUGGAUUCUCCAUCUAUUCUUAGAAGUCAUGAUCUAAUGUCAAAGAGUCCGCCUAAAACCACAACUCCAAAUUUCACGCAACCAACAUCAUCCAACUUCCAGAUUCGAAAUCCAAGAAAAGCCUCUACUUCUCAUAUGACUGGAAUAAAUUUAUUAAAUAGAUUUGAGAUGAUUGAUACAAAUAUUGCAUCAUCUUCAACUGCUGCUGAAAAUGUUGACAUCAAUGAUGAGAGUGAUGGUUCUGCUAAUAGUGAAGAUUUCGAAGCAUACAAUGCAGUUCACCAGAGUGAGAGUGAAUCUUCUGAUGAAGAUGAUUUAACAGGCAGUCAAUUCAGAGAUAGUGCUCAAUACCAUACUCAAGGAUAUUAUGAUAUUGGUGAUCCUGUCAUAGAGUGUCAACGAUGUGGAGCAUGUAUGUGGUAUCAAGAGAGGAAAAAUAAAUCUAGAGAAAGUGCAAAUCCUAAGUUUGGACUGUGUUGUGGUGAUGGAACUAUUCAAUUACCAUAUUUAAGGAAACCUCCUGCAUUGCUCAGCCAUAUCAGGAGAGGUAGAGGACCACCUACAAUUAGGAUUCAAGGACAAGCAUGUCACCGAAUUGGCAGUAUGAUUCCAAUGCCUGGACGUCCCCCAAAGUUUGCCCAGUUAUAUAUAUAUGAUACAGAAAAUGAAUUGCAACAUCGGCUACAAGGUCUCAGCAAUGCAAACCUGCUGGAUAUACAAAUGAUUGCAGCAUUGCAAAAAAUGCUUGAUGAAAAUAAUGUUCAUGCUAAGUCAUUUAGAAUGGCUCGCGAUAGGUUGUCCGAAGGUGAUGUCCAAAAUUUGAAGUUAAAGCUCAUCUCUGAGAGGACAACAGACGGACGUAUCUAUAAUCAACCUACAGUUUCAGAAGUUGCAGCACUUAUACUUGGUGAUGUUGAUUAUGCUCCUAGAAGGGAUAUCAUUAUGGAAACACAAUGUGGUGAGCUACAAAGGAUAGAUGAAUUUCAUCCUGCAUACCUCGCCUACCAGUAUCCACUUUUGUUUCCGUAUGGUGAGGAUGGGUAUAGAGAUGAUGUUAUGCACAGAGAUAAAAAGACAGGCAAAAAACCAAAGAGGGUUCAUCUCACAAUUAGAGAGUGGUUGGCAUUUAGGUUACAAAGCAGACUUUUUGAACCGAUGACAAUCUUGUGUGCAAGAAAGCUAUUUCUACAGUUUUUGGUUGAUUGCUUUACCAUGAUGGAAGCUGAUAGGUUGUCAUGGUUAAGGAAAAAUCAAUCCAAGCUAAGAGUUGGUAAAUACAAGUCUUUGAGUGAGAACCAAAACAAAGAUCAACCAGAGUCAUCAAAACAAGGUAAAAGAGUUGUGUUACCUUCGAGCUAUACCGGUGGUCGAAGGUACAUGGAUCAACUUUACUUUGAUGCUAUGGCGAUAUCGAGUGCGGUUGGAUUUCCAGAUCUGUUCAUAACUUUUACUUGCAAUCCAAACUGGCCAGAAAUUCAAAGAUAUGUAACAUCAAAAGGUCUUAAACCACAUGAUAGACCUGAUAUUAUAGCAAGAGUGUUCAAAAUCAAGUUUGAUCAACUACUUAAAGAUUUGACGAAAAAACACCUCCUUGGAAAGGUCAUUGCAUACAUGUACACUAUUGAAUUUCAGAAGAGAGGUCUCCCACAUGCACACCUUCUUAUUUUCUUGCACCCGUCAAGCAAAUAUCCUACCCCAGAAGACAUAGACAAGAUUAUUUCAGCUGAAAUACCAAGUCCAGAUAACAAUCCACAAUUGUACACAUUGGUGGGCAAUCACAUGAUGCAUGGUCCGUGUGGAUUAGCAAAUAAAAAAUCCCCUUGCAUGAAUAACAAAGACCGUUGUACUAAAUUCUAUCCAAAGAAAUUUCAGGAAUCAAGUAUUGUUGAUCAUGAGGGUUAUCCUGUCUAUAGAAGAAGGGAUAAUGGCAGUCAUAUUUUAAAGAAUGGAAUUGCAUUGGACAAUCGGUCAGUUGUUCCAUAUAAUCCGCAUUUGUUAAUGAAGUAUGAAGCUCAUAUAAACAUGGAGUGGUGCAACCAAUCCAGCUCAAUCAAGUAUCUCUUUAAAUACAUUAACAAAGGGUAUGAUCGAAUAACUGCAGCUGUUGUGUCUGAUGGUUCAACAAGUAGAAGUCCAGAUAACAGUCAGGAUGAAAUCAAGAAGUACCUUGAUUGUAGAUAUGUUUCACCAAGCGAAGCUUGCUGGCGCAUAUUUAAAUAUCCUAUUCAUGGAAGAAAACCAUCUGUUGAAAGGUUAUUUUUUCAUUUGCAAGGCGAACACUCAGUAUAUUUCAAUGAUUAUGAACAUAUAGAUGAUGUGAUGCUGAGACCUUCGGUUACAGAGUCGAUGUUUACAUCGUGGCUGCAGUGCAAUGCUAAGUACGCUGAAGCUAAGACACUUACAUAUGCCAAAUUUGUGUCUAAAUUUGUAUAUGUCAAAGCUAAACGUACUUGGACACCAAGGAAAAGGGGUUUUGCAAUAGGAAGGUUGAUGUGGGUGCCACCAACCACAGGAGAAUUGUUCUACUUGAGACUGAUGUUAACCAAAGUCCAAGGACCAACCUCUUAUGAGGACAUCAGAACUGUUAACAAUGUUUGUUACGACACCUAUAGAGAGGCAUGUUUUGCAAGUGGAUUUUUGAUGGAUGACAAGGAAUACAUUGCUGCUAUUAAAGAAGCAAGUGUUUGGGGUUCUGGACUUUUUCUUAGAUUGUUUUUUGUUACUUUGUUGAUCGCAAGUUCAAUGCACAGGCCAAAACAAGUUUGGGAAAAAACAUGGCAAUGGCUAAGUGAUGGUAUUCUUUAUGAACAAAGAAGAUUGGCAAACAAUCCAGGUUUAAUGCUUACUGAAGAACAAAUUAAAAACUUAACAUUGACCGAGAUUGAAAGGCACAUGGAAAGAAAUAGAAGGAGUUUGAAGGAUUACAAAGGAUUUCCAUAUCCUGAAGGAUACAUUGUCGAACAACUUGGAAACCGACUGAUUUAUGAUGAAUUAAAUUACAAUGUCAACGAGUUGGAUGCAGAAUUUCAACAACUCUUUGCUACAUUAACAGAUGAACAACGCAACAUCUACCAUAAAAUAAUGUCAUCUGUUAGUAAAGAGAAAGGAGGUGUGUAUUUUUUACACGGUUAUGGUGGUACUGGUAAAACAUUUAUGUGGCGAACUUUGGCGGCAAGGAUAAGGAGCCGUGGUAAGAUUGUUUUGACAGUUGCUACAAGUGCUGUAAUAUAG